CGCUGAUAACGUGGUUUCCGAAGUAGUACCGUACCUACCGCACCCAACAUUCCGAAUCUGAUUGGUUCCACUGUGACGUUAUCAACGGUACGUCUACUAACACUAUCUAAUACUCGCUCAGAAACGUGCAAGGACAGAUAAAUAAGAUGACGCUUCAACUAUCAUGGGACGGACCCAGCCAGCCUCGUGCCACAAAGCGCACAAACGCCACCUGGCCUCAUUCUUUUUGCGAUACCCACCAAGGGUGGCUUUUUAGCCAUUUCACUACCUAGCGAUGUCAGCGGAAGAAACAACGGCCCUCCUUCGGGACCAGACACAAGUCUAUGCUGAAGGCUGGGCAGAACGGUUGAUAGUACAGAGUCGCCGGCUUUACGGCAGACGACGGCAGGAUGCUUUCUGCCAAUCCUCGAGUGAAGAUGAAUCGGCAGAAAUCCACCGAGACGCGCAACAACGGCCAUGUAAAGCUUCCAGCGUCGAGAAACUGACCACCGACUUGUUUUACAUAACCGAAAGUGACAGUGGAAGACCAGACCCGCUAGCGGGAGAUUUUGAGCCGAACAGGAGGAGCGUGCCGUUGUCUCUCGUGUUUUCGUCGCUGUACGCCGUAGUGUUGUUUCAGUUGUACCUGUAUGUUUCGUGGUGGAUCGCUUUUCGCGAGGGGAACAGCAUAAAAGCCUGGCUGACGCUAACCAUAGCGCAUGCGUCCAGUGUGCCGUUAUAUGCGGUAGCCGUGUGCUCUGUAGCUGGUAGACGGACGGAUUCAUGUUGCAUCGCUGUGGCCAAAGCGUUGACCUUCACUCUAGUGUCGCCGUUCUUCAACAUCGUGCCUCUGCUGCAGUUGGUGCUUCGACUGAAGGAUUCUGCGCAGAUGUACAGGACAUCUGGCAGGGUAGGAGAAAGCGCACGCUUAAAACCGACUGACAUCGCAGUCUUCAGCAACCUCAUGUGGUUCGUCACUCUGAGUUGCGUUCCGCAGACAGUGUUCCAGAUAUCGGAAGUGCUCAAGUUGCAUUUACAAGAACAACAGUGGCAUUCAGUGCUACUCCAAGGAGCUUACACACUACAACCGAUCGAGGAUGAAAAGAAAGCAGACGGCAAAGACUUGAAAAACUUGCACAUAGCUGCCGUGUUUCCGAUGAAAGGCCACGGAGGUUGGCUAGGGGGUCAAGGAUGCUUGCCUGCCGCACUCAUGGCUUUGGAAGAUGUAAACGACAGAAAGGAUCUGCUGAUUGGUUACAGGCUACAAAUAGAUUGGCGAGACAGUCAGUGCAACCCUGGGCUUGCUGCGACUGUGAUGUACGAUCUGCUAUAUAACCCGCCGCAAAAACUGAUGCUGCUUGGCGGCUGCAGCAUCGUCUGUUCCACAGUGGCGGAGGCUGCAAAAAUGUGGAACUUAGUCGUCAUAUCCUAUGGAUCCAGCUCGCCAGCAUUGUCGAACCGCAACCGCUUUCCAACGUUCUUCCGCACUCAUCCCUCAGCGACAAUACACAAUCCGACAAGAAUCAAACUGUUCCAAAAAUUUUCAUGGACAAGAAUCGCAAUUAUUCAGGAAGCUGAAGAAGUUUUCAUUUCCACAGGCGAAGACUUGGAAGCAAAAUGUAAAGAAGCGGGCAUCGAAAUAGUGACACGGCAAAGUUUCCUGACUGAUCCAACAGACGCUGUAAAGAAUUUGGUGAGGCAGGAUGCUCGGAUCAUUGUUGGCAUGUUCUAUGUGGCUGCAGCACGGAGGGUGUUUUGUGAGGCAUACAAGCAAAACGUUUACGGAAAGCAAAAAGUGUGGUUUCUGAUUGGAUGGUACGAAGACGGAUGGUAUGCCGUGCCGGACAAGGGCCAUAACUGUACAACUGAGCAAAUGAAGGAAGCCUUGGAAGGACACUUCACGACCGAGGCACUUAUGCUAAACCAAGGACAUCAGGAAACUAUUUCAGGCAUGAGCUCCCAGCAGUUCUUGGAACGGUACGAAGGUGAACUGGCCAAGCGCAAUGGAGCAAACGGUUACAAGCCCGAGGGUCAUCAAGAAGCGCCUCUGGCCUACGAUGCCAUAUGGGCCAUUGCCCUAGCUCUCAACAAGACCAUCAACACACUGAAGGAAUAUUCGUUAAGUCUCGAGGACUUCACGUAUACCAACAAGAGGAUCGCCGAUGAGAUAUGGUCAGCGAUGAAUGCGACGCAGUUCCUCGGUGUGUCUGGCCUGGUCGCAUUUUCGGCAAAAGGAGACCGCAUGGCGUGGACCCUCAUUGAACAGAUGAUAGAUGGUAACUACAUCAAAAUAGGGUAUUAUGACACACAGACUGACAACUUCACUAUUCUAAACCAAGAAAAGUGGGCAGAUGGCAAACCUCCACAAGAUCGCACUAUAAUAGUGAGGGUGCACAGGAAGGUGUCCCUGAGCUUAUUUGCGGGAAUGUGUGCUGUGGCAUUCAUAGGAAUUGUGUGGGCAGUGGGUCUGCUCAUAUUCAACUGGAUCUUUAGACACUCCAGGUACAUCCAGCUGUCCCAUCCGAUGUGCAACAAUAUCAUGCUCAUUGGAAUCAUUCUCUGCCUAGUGUGUGUGUGCCUACUUGGCCUUGAUGGCCAAUUUGUCAGCAAGGACAGGUACGCCCAGGUUUGUCAGGCUCGAUCGUGGUCUCUUGCCAUAGGAUUCACAUUGUCGUUCGGAGCCAUGUUUUCCAAGAUAUGGAGAGUGCACAGACUGACGACAAAAUCAAAGUCCGAAAGCAAAGGGCUGUCGUUUCAGAAAGUGCAAAGCUGGAAGCUCUAUGGAAUGGUAGCAGCCAUGGUGCUCAUUGAUGUAGUCAUCCUGACAGCCUGGCAGUUGGUGGAUCCCAUGAAGCGAGGCCUGGAGACUUUCCCACUGGAAGACCCUGAGGUGUCCGGAGAGGACAUAAAGAUUGAGCCGGCCCUUGAACAUUGCGAGUCUAAGAAUCACGCUAUUUGGUUGGGUGUCAUGUACAGCUAUAAGGGCCUUCUGCUCAUUUUUGGCAUCUUCCUCGCCUACGAAACGCGCAGCGUCAAGAUAAAGCAACUCAACGACUCGAGACUGGUGGGAAUGAGCAUAUACAACGUUGUGGUACUCUGUCUAAUUACUGCACCUGUGACGCUGGUCAUUGGCAGUCAACAGGAUGCAACAUUUGCAUUUGUGGCGCUGGCAAUCAUAUUUUGCAGCUUUUUGUCGAUGGCCCUAAUUUUUGUUCCAAAGAUAAUAGAACUGGUCCGUCGACCGCGUGAACGUGCAGACGUCAGGAGUUUGAUGGACACCAUCACGAGCAAAGAGGAGGAGGAGCGACACCAGAGGCUUCUUGCCGAGAAUGAGGAUCUCAAGAAGCAGAUUGCUGAGAAAGAAGAACAGAUUCACGUGCUCAGCCAGAAGCUGCAAGAGCGGCAGCGCCUUGCAAAUGCUCCGCAGAGCGGUGGGGAGCGGGUGCGCAUCUCCUUGCCCCCCGCCUACGCCGAUGGCCUCUUGGCCCCCAAGGACCCUGUGACCAUCGACCCAAUAUCGGACUCGGGCUUCGUUACGGGCACCUCUCUCGGACACCGCGGUUCUCGGAUUUCACACUCGGACUUUGAGUUCUCCGAAUCCUACCUCUAGCGGAAGGGAGUGUCCCGCUUUUUAAAACGGCGGUUUAUGACAGCGGAGUAGUACAAAUGACGGGUGAACACUGCAGACUCUCAUCAUGGCAAGGUGUAGGAGGCCGCGGUUAAUGAUGUUCCCACAUGUCAAGGAUUUACAUUAGGGAUUGCUGAAAGCCCCGCUUAACUCGUGAACCAGCCAAGUGAAUCCUAUACUCAUAAUCACGAAACAACUUGAGCAUUCUUUAUGGGUGUUUGUUUGUAGCUUCAACCCCUAGAGAGAUUUCUGGCUCCACCACACUCACCCCACACGACCAAACAAAGAAAAACCCUUUAAGCAGGCUAGUACACUCUGUGGUCCGCAUUCCAGAUCCCACUUCACUUAAGCGGUCACAAAUUUUUCUGAUGGACUCAUUAUUUUGCCAUCUCGCCUAUUAAAAUGCCCGUAUGUCACCCUUUACAAUCUACCAAUGUUUUUGCUCAAGAAAGAAAGAAAGAAAAAAAAAAAAACUACAAUCAUUACGCUUCUCAGUCAGAUCCAUCAAACUCAUCAUCAGGUACAGCGCAAACUCUACUGAACUUUGCAAGUUAAUUGCGCGAUGUCGAAUACAUGUCGCCGCUGUAUCACGAGCGAUCAGAGUAAUCGCGAAAUUUUACCUGCGCGCCAAGAAGUUUUUAUGGGUCGUUUAUCGGAGGCUUAUGGAUUUCUUUCGCACUCGUGUUCACAUCCACUUUUAAUGCGCAAUUUUUGUGCGCACAGAGUAUGAUAAUAAAGGAUGGUAACUCCAGGCAAACUGCUCGCAAAAGUGCAAGGAUUUCCAGGAUAUCCCUUGGAAUCGCCGGGGACUUCGAAGGAAGUAUUGACAAAAUUUGGAAAAUGGUGCUCAAAUGCAAGGGCAUUCCAGACAUUUAAAGUGAGCACAGUCUGAGCGCCAGAGUGCCUGGUACCCUUUGUGCCCCCCGAGAGUCUUUAUUUUUUUCGUAGCGUAUUAAGAGUUUAUUUACACUAUUAUAGUAUCCCAUAUAUUUUAAAGGGGGCAAAAAUUUCUCCUAUCAGAAUGAAAGAUGCUGUGACCUUGACACCAAGAUGAAAGGAACGAUGUUCAGCCGUUGCAUCGCUUGCGAUUUUAGUCGGGAACAAAGCAGCAGUUUAGACAUUCCAUCUUCUCAAGGAGUGCAACAAUGCCUCCCAUUGGCCUCCUCAAAUGAUCUCCCGCAAUUACUGGGCAAAUCAUUUGAGGAGACCAAUGGGAGGCAGCCCGCAGUCCAUGAGGAGGAGGGAGGAAGGUGCAAAUUCCAGUUUUAUUUGCGCACAAAAGGCGCAGGUGAAGAAUCCUGCGUUCUUUUUGUAUUGAACAUCUUUCAUUCACGACAGGGCUUUCACCAAAGUGACGUGCUUUUAUACUUCUUUGUACUUUCGUUUCUUCUCAUAGUAUUAUUUACUCCUCUAUAUAAGCACACAAUAUUGACAGUAUUCCGGAUGAGGAAGCUGCCUUGCAGAGCUUCAACAUCCUGCCACUGCUGAGAGUAUGGCAGGCCACCUCUUCUAUAGCAAGAUAGGGCUCAUUGUCAUCAGUUGCCUUGCUGACAUAGGAAACAAUUUCAGAACCCACUAGCGCAUAACAAACCUGCAACAACGCAUUAAGUUUGUGUCCUGCAUUGUUGCUGGUAGAGACUUGUGAGCUUUGUACAUACAGUGUAGUGCAAUCGUGCUGAAAGUUUGUUUCGCAUAUGGACCAGCUCUGGCCCCUUUAUAUUGUCUCAUCAGUUUAGAGAACUGCCUGCACAUACUUAUGGAAGUGUUUGUUUUUUUGUUCACAUAUGCGCCACUAAAUGGAAGAACUGAAGGAAGUGUGCCGCUGGAGUGGAGAGUUUUGUGUCCCUAGUCUCGAGGGGGGUUUCAGUAUGCAAGGAAUAUGGUCCUGGCACGGUUUGUUUGUCAGUCUGUUCACUGAGUUGGUUACAUGAUUGUAAUUCAUAUUUCAUUACGAGCUUUAUAAGAAUAUAUUAUAGUUGGAAACAGCGUAAAUGCGAUAGUAUAAAAUGUAGCCUUACAAACUAAUAUGGUUCUAUCGAAUGCAAAAUGUUUUGAGCAGAUUCCCUCCAGUACACAUGGACCGUGUUGAGACCCAACACUAUUGACCUUAGCUACCAGUCUUGCUUUUAGCCCAAGUGGCCAGCCGAGUGUCCAGCCCAAUGGCACACUUCCCAUAGAUCUCAGAAAAACAUGUUUAUUGCUACAUGGCCAGAUGCGUGUAGGCUAUGAACUCGCUUGUGUCCCCAGUGUGAUUAAAGGAGUGAGAUCUUGG